UAUACUGAAUAUGAUGAAUAGGAUGUACGUAAUCCGUAGUCAUGCCUAUGAUAGAUGAUAUAAUGUGUAUGGUGACUCUGAUCACACUGAAUAUACCGUAUAUGAUGUUUAUGAUCCAUAGUCAUACCUAUGAUAGAUGAUAUAAUGUGUAUGGUGACUAUAAUCACAGCGAAUAUACCGAAUAUGAUCCUAUGAUCAAUAUAACAUACAUAAUGAAUGUCACGAUCAUACUGCGAUGAAAAUCAUACACAUGGUGAAUGCAAUGUCCGCGAUGACUACCAUGGCAGCUGUUACCACACAGUAUCCUACCCAUCCGCAUGUGUCCUGAAUAGAAAAUUUGCCCAAGCACAGUCCAGUCAUAAUCGAUACCGAUUCACUGACCCAACAGGCGUUGCAAUAUUAACCAGGGAUCGUUACACAAACUACCAAGAUUUAUAUUUAUCGUUUCUGCUUCAUCGCGUCACGUUUAUCGGUCGAAAACCAACAAAGAAGUCGAAAUACUCGCGGAACGUUGGUUUAGAAACUGUUUACACAGUGAGACCACCAUUCGCUAAACAAUGAAGUCAUCGUGGUCUAAUUAUUUCUAGCACUGUUGUACAUUUUUCAGGGGUUAGCGAAUCUUUCCACCCCCUCUGCUAAUAGAGCGAACUUCCAAAAAUAUUCGAGCAACAGGCCCGUUCGCCUACAAGCGCGCGUCAAACCCCUCCCCGUAUCUCUCUAAAGUGUUCAGGUUCCUGGCAUGCGUCGCGACGCCUCGUGCACGUCACCCACAGUGGCAAUCGGUCGGUGGAAAAGAGCGCCGCGAUCUCAUCUCCCGUGACUAACGUAAACGAACGUCGAUCGUCUCGAUUUCUUAGACAUCCUUUGAAAACAAGCUCGCCUCACGCUUCAUAAAACAAUAAACCAACUGUCUUACCUCUCGUCCGGUAGCGAGAGUAAAGAUCGAAUACAUACGUCUGUGAAGCAUAGAGUCGAAUAGCAUCGCUCCUUCCAUUCCCAACACAAGUAAAGACCCAAAUAAGAACAAGACUAACCGGACGCAUUAGUAGCCCAGCGGGAAAAACGAUCGACUACAAAGCCGAGGGACCCGAGUUCGAAUCCCAUCUCGACGCACAAAAUGAAAAAAAAAAAGAAAUUAUUUAAUUUUCACAGUCUCACAAGACCAUUUACCACUCACCGUUCGCUUCUCAAACCAAUAUUUCCCCCUUGCCGCCGAGUCUGAAUCGAAACAAAAAAAAUUGUCAGUAUCAAGUGGCCCGUACGCGGUUGGCGAACGUCAGCUGGUCAUCGUCGCGACGCCUCGUGCACGGUCGGCGCCGAGGCCGUCGGUCGCGUGGCGUUAGACCAAGAGAGCCGCCCUCACUUUCGCCGCGUCUGCCGUCGAGGACGCGUGUCUGGUCCGCCCCGGCGCCGAUCGAUCGAUCAUCCACGGAUCGAGCUUUCCGUUCACGAACACAACAGUGCGUCGAGGGAAAUCGUGUCCGUACCGCGGAUAAACGGGGGUGGUCUGCCGUCGAACGGCCUUGAACGCGCGAAACAGACAAACACAGCCACCAUAUCGUCUCUCUGGCAUGAAUAUUUGAAAUCGCGGUUAUCGAUCUAGCGGCGAGGAACACGUGCGCUCCGCGAUCCGUUGUGUGUCACUGUGAUAUACCGUGAAAAAGAGAAAUCGAGCCUUGCAGUUCCGUUUCGUCUUGCAACCACGCAGCGAACGCACCAGGCCCUUUUCUCGUUCGUGACGAACGCUUCGGUGAACGAAUCGCUACGCAAACGGCCUAAAGAGAGAGAAAUACGUACAUAGUCGCGGACUGUGAGGGACACACACACGUUAGGGAAGCUUUCGUGAUCGUCGAGCACCACCACCACCGCCGCCGCUGCUUGUUCCACGCGAGAAAGCGAUAACCGACACCGUGACACGUUAACACGCACGGUGAUUAAUUGGGACCCGGUGCGAUUCGUCAUUUGUCAGUCAUGAAUCUUAUGUUCCGCAAGAACUUCGGCGGCGAGAAGGGCUUCGGUGGUGGUGGAGGAGGAGUAGGAGGCGGCGGGGGAUUGGAGGGCCGCACGGCCCUCGGUGGCGCGUCGGGCACCUUGGGCUACGGGGGCCCGCGUUUCGGCGUGGUGCGUGGCGCCAAUCAGGCGGCCGUGGGCGCACGCGGACCAAUCAGACGCAGCAGGGAGUUUGGCUAUUUCCCGUCGAUGGCGGAUCACGACCACCAGGGAUACGGAUAUAGGACUCACCUGUUCCUUUCGCCACCGUCAGGCGGCGCCCUUGGGUCCCCGCCGGACGAACCGACCGAACGACUGGGCCCACCGCCUAGGAGGAACUCGGGCCCGCAUGUGAUCAAGUGGGGCGGUGGUGGGGGUAGCGCCACCGCGCAGGGAUCGGCGGCUGCCGGCCAGGCGAGGAGGAAGGCUCAGAACCCGCUGCAGAAGGACCCUUCCGAACCACCUACACCGACUGCCUCCAGACAGGUUUCCUUUAGCGGCAACCGAGCAUCCGGCGCGUACACGCCGCUGGUGGUUUCCGGGAACAGCCCGCCACGCGGUGAACCAAUCUCCUUGGCCACGUUGGACAGGGACUGUUUCAUCAUCCCCCUCGCGUCUGUUGAACGCUUUCUGCCAGCGGGAGUUCCGCUUUAUUCCGACUCGUUCCAGCACGCCCCAAUCGCAGACAAAAAACGACCAGGGAGUCCUCUGUCGAUCCUGGAAGUCGAGGACCCUAAACAAUGUGUUCUGGCUCAUUUCAUGACGUCCCUGGAGCCGUUGGAUCCAUUAGUCGAGACUCCAGUUUCCCGUCCGUUGGUUCUCCAACGGGACACUGCGGCCGAAUUGGUCGCCGAAAUAGCACCCUCCGCCUCCCAGAGUAUUCUGCUCACGAACAUGGAGAAAAAUGCGGAUUUUCCAUUUAUCACGUACUACCUAAUCAACAAGCAGAACACGGAUCCCGUAGACUUUUAUAACGAAGUCCAGUGCGCCGCUCUGAGGAAGUUCGAUCCUCGAGAUCUGCGAUACGCAGCCAGCCACACGUUGGACCUGUUCAACGAGGUGGCGACCAUUGCGAGGCCGCCGUUGGAACCACCUGGUGUCAGACCACCGAUUCCGUCCACCGGCUACAUCGUCUCCAUUUUUAAGGUGUUCGAAGGCGACGACGGCCUCAAGUUCGAACAGAACUGGCUCUACUGGACAGGUGCCCGUAUGAUGUACCGAUACUUACCGAAGUCGGUUGGCCUAAGACGCAUUACGCUGCACAAAUCAAUGUCACAGGGCGACAAGAUGUACCUACUGAUCUGCGAGUGCUCGCAGCUGCAAGACAAUCUCUCCGCGGCGGCCAUAUUGUUGCCAGCGUUGCGCGCCCGACUGUGCGGUUACACGGGACUCUACAGACCUUCCGUGUGUUUCUGAUUCGUCAAGAAACGUCGACGACGUGCCAACGACAGGGCCACCCUGUGAACUUCGAAGCAUCGAAGAACGAUAUUCGAGCAUCGAAUUUCGAAUUUCGCGAUGAGACGCCCAUUCGUGUGGCGCGCGCAGCGACUGCGCGCGGCCGUCGACUGGUCUAGUCGUAUUAAUCCAGUCUAGUGGUUCUUAAGCACUACUUUGGUCUCUGUUUUUUUUUAUUAUGUUUCGUCAAAGAUGGUCUAAACAAUGCACAGACAAAAUGUUUGAGAUAAUUUUGUUAAUUUUUAGGAAAUUACUGAAUUUAUGUUCCUAAGUGUCCGGGACGUUUAUAUCGUGAACCUUUAGAGUUUAAGAACCACUGCACUAGUAACCGAGAAUCUGUGGUACGUCCCAUGAGACAUUAAAGCGGAUGUAAAGAAGCAUUCAUCGCGUGAUAUAUUUAUUCGUUUUCUUCUGUCAUCGCAAGAAAUAUAAAAUUGUAAGAUGUUACAGUGCCACUUAAAGAACUUGCAUGUAUUCAGAGAAUAUUGCGUUGGCGUAAGUCCCCUGCCACAGUCGCGUGGUUUCAUUUGCAUCCACUGUAUCGUCUCAUGGAAACAAAGGUUGUUGCAUGGCAAUCUAAAGGCUCGUUUCGAGGACUCGUAAAACCAAUCCGCGAUAUUGGUAGCGCGCUAAUCCGUGCGAUACGAUCAUCUCGUUUCCGGUUUUAUAAAGUCACUUAUUUUCUUACAUCAUCGCGUGGCUCGGGUAUUAUAACGCGCUGCUUGCGACUUUAUUAGAGCUGUAUCGUCGUCGUAAUCGUACGAAUUUUGCAAUAUCAAGAAACGAGAGAGAGAGAGAGAAAGAGAGCCCCCCCCCCCCCCAGCCAUGGGGAAUCGGAGACCAAAGAUCUCCGUCGAAUAAUAAACGAAUCGUAAUGGCGACACUUUCGUAUACGCUUUAGGGAAAUCUCAACGAGAAUCUUGUACGCUUACGGGUUUGCAUACCCGUUUAGUUACGCCUCUGGCCAGUUUGUAUUUUUCGACUUUACAUACUUCAUCCGACGUUCAGCGAAACGUUAUUGUAUAUCGUGCCCCCUCGAUAUCAAUGGGGAGCCAUCUGCAUGUACAUACACACACCGCGUGACGACUUUUACUACUAUCGACGACUUAUCGACAGGGGUGGGCAACAUUUUUAUCUGGAUAUCUACGUCAGAUAACGAGUAAGCGAUAUUCGAAUAAGGAUAUUUGUUAAUCGACUGAGAAUGUUGGCCACGUCUGGUUAUCGAUCGAAUCGCUGACUACAUAUCAUAUACUCGAUAAACUGUGAUAUUCGAACGAUUGCCGUAUAUAUCACAAGGACGAAGAGAACGCGUUCGCGAGUACUUCUCGAUACCACUUCUUUGAAAUGCUGCUCUUCGAAAUCAAUUAGGCGAGACCGGGAACUCGACGGUAGAGGCUACUGUAACGUAAUUUCCAAAUCUUUUAUCGAUUACAUUCACACGUUUGAUAAUUACAUAUCCUUGCCUGGGAUUAUCGAAGCACGAGGGUUUCGAUUUACGAAGAAUAGAUAUCAUGGAUGAAUUAUGACUUUGAAAUUCAAACGGCGACUCGGUUAUGUUCGUUAUCGACAGAUACAAAAUGAAAAAUGAAAUGAAUCAACGGAAUCGCUAUUUAAAUUUCAAAUUUGCAUUCCAUUCGUCACCACGAGGAUUAGGUCUCCCAACUUUUGAGGAGAUGCAGGGACAGUGACAAGUAGAUCUAUUGGGAAAUACGCGGGGAAAGCUUAAUCAAAUCUUUCUUAGGUGCCCGUAGAAGUUUUUAGAACGAGGACGAGUAGCGUGAAUUGGCAUCGUAGUACAAAAACUACACGAAAAUAUAAAAUAAAAAACGUAUAGUCAAUAUACGCUUGUUGCAUACAGACAAUAGCUAGAACGAUUGCGCAGGCGCGAUCGGUUAGAUUUUUAAGGACCCAGACACGGCGUAUACUUGUAAUACGUCCCUCUGUACUCGCUGAAACAAAAUGUGGAACAAGUUGCUCUAUACAUAUAAGGCGACGACGAAUAAAAAAAAAAAAAAUAAAUACAAAUAAAUAAAUAAAUAAAU